CCAUGAAACCAGCGGCCGCUGUCGUCAAGCUGCGGUUUGGUCUCCCAGGUGGAAGGAAACGCGGGCAGAGCUCGGACACGAUGGAGACAGAAAUACUGAAAAUGAUCUGCGCCGGUCACGGAGCAGUCAACACUGAGGAUUUAGUGUAUAAUCUGUUUUCCGGCGAUCCUACGAAGUUGUCGGAGAUCAUUUGUAACCAAGAGAAAUUUGUUUCGUGUUGUCCAAACGGACAGCCGAAGGUGGUGGCCAGGACCCGCCUGAGACUUUGCAGAGUGAAAGACUGCCCGGGGACGUGCAGGGGUCUGCACCUGUGUAAAAACUUCCUCUUCAGCGGAUUCUGUCAGUUCACUCAGCUCAGGAGGGGCUGCAGCUUCUCCCAUGACCUGACCUCUGAUCAUAACCAAAGCCUUCUGAGGGAGCAUGAGCUGGAGAGCCUGAGCCGAGAAGAGCUGUGCACCCUGCUGCUGCAGAGUGACCACACACUCCUUCCUGCUAUAUGUUACGACUACAACAACGGUGAUGGAGAGUUUGGCAGGUGUAAGGAUGGUGAUGGUUGCAAGAGGCUCCAUAUCUGCCAGAAGUACAUCAGCCGUGAAUGCAGCUGCUCGAGGAAUAUCAAUUUUACUGCUCCACAGCCAAUAAAAAAUUUCCAAGAAAGAGGCAUACCUGGUGCCCUUCUGCCAUCCUUGAAGGCUGUGUAUGCAAAUAAAGAGGCGUUGAGGCUGGCUGAGAAUGGUCAACAACAGCGGAGAGGCAGAGGGAGAGGGGGUAGGGGUGCAACAGGCAGCAGGGGCAAUAGGGGAAACAGAGGAAACCAGAGCAGCCGCCCAGUGCAGGAUCGAGCCUCCUCACUUACUGAGAUGCUUGCUGGCACUGACAUCUUCGAUCUGUACACCAGCAAUGGACUGAAUGAAAGCGACGAUGAAAGCUCUUCCACCAGUGACAUCUCCGCCGCCACCAGCGAAAACGAUGCGAGCAGUGAAAGUGGUGAGACUCGAAGACGGAGACGCCGUCAUGGAAAAAGUCUAGCAGCUGUCAGAGGGAGAGGCGGCAACAGGGGCACCAAUAAGCAACCACUACCAAAAACUCGUUCAUCAAGCAACAUUAACGCUGCUGUCAGUGAUGAAGCUGCUAAAGGCGGAGAAUGGCAGAACAAUAGACAAAGGCCUGUCAGAGAUAAAACAGGGAUCUGCAUGUACUUCAUCAAAGGUCACUGCAUACAUGAUGAUCGAUGUUUUAAAGCUCAUGACAAGAUGCCGUACCGAUGGCAGGUCCAAGAGGGACACCAGUGGACUGAUUUGCCCGAUAAUGAGACAAUUGAGAGAGACUACUGUGACCCCAGUAACUCAUACAGUAGCACCAGUCCAGCCGUGCACUUUGACACGAUGACCUGUGGACUGAACAAAGUACGUCGACUCUCGACAGAAAACUCCGUGAUUGAGCCGACCUUCAUCCACACCACUGAGUGGCUUUGGUACUGGCAGGAUGAGUUUGGGAAGUGGAACAUUUAUUCCUCAGAUACUAGUGGACAUAAAGCAGCAGACAUCAACAGCACAAAGCUGGAGGAGAAGUUCCUGGCCAAUGACAAAGACGUGGUGGAGUUCACGGCUGGCUCCCAGUCGUAUUCACUCAGUUUCCAGGACAUGAUACAGACAAAUAAGCACUAUGGCACCAAAAGGCUUGUUUGCAGACGGCCACUGUUUGUCUCUGCUGCAGAUGUCCUAACAAAGAAAGUCAGACGGCCCGUGGUUAAAGCGUCUGCUCCAAUACCAGACAACUGGGACAAGACACAGAUCCCUGAAACAGGAUAUUCGCGAAUCUCCGUCCAGCGCGCUUCAGAUGAAUUUAAGACGGUGGAAACUCAUUUCUGUAAAACCAUGAAAGGCUUUGAUAUUGUCAAAAUUGAGAGGAUUCAGAACAAAGCUCUUUGGGAAGUCUUUCAAUGGCAAAAGAAUCAGAUGAAGACCAAAAACAAAGGGGGAAAUGUGACUGAGAAAAAGUUUUUUCAUGGCACUGACUCCAAAUUUGUAGACACCAUCUGCCACAACAACUUUGACUGGAGAAUCUGCGGACUUAAUGGAACGGCUUUUGGCAAAGGUAGUUACUUUGCCCGUGAUGCCAAAUACUCCCACAACUACACCGGUGACACUGACGUCAGAGCCAUGUUCAUCUCACGGGUGCUGGUGGGAGACUACACCAAAGGGUCCUCUGACUAUCGCCGACCUCCUUCGAAGGACGGAGGGGACAUAAACUUCUAUGACAGCUGUGUUGAUGAUGUAAUGAACCCCUCCAUAUAUGUGGUGUUUGAGAAGCACCAGAUCUACCCCGAGUACCUGAUAAAGUACAAGACCACACACCCACUAGUUAGUACAUUGAUGUACAGUGGUGGUGCAUCAGCACCAGCACCAAAGCCAGUGGCAGCACCAAAACCAGCAGCUACCAUAUCGGCUUACCAACCUAGCACGAUCUCCUCUGGAUAUAAAGCCAGUGCUUCCUCUUCUUUUUACUCACCUAGUACAACCUCUUCCCCCUACCAAUCUAGUUCCGCAUCUUCCAGAUACCAAUCCAGCUCGGUGUCUUCUGGGUACCCAUCUAGCUCGGUGUCUUCUGGGUACCCAUCCAGCUCGGUGUCUUCUGGGUACCCAUCCAGCUCGUUGUCUUCUGGGUACCCAUCUAGCUCGGUGUCUUCUGGGUACCCAUCCAGCUCGGUGUCUUCUGGGUACCAAUACAGCAGCACCUCUUCACAAAUGAGUACGUCUUCCUCCUCGUACUCAAACAGCAGAACAGUUAACCAGCCCACACACGUCCCUCCAUCUCCCUCAGCACCCCCAAAGAAAACAUCCGAUUCUUGUGUCAUUGCUUAACAUCAGUGGUGUAAAGGGGGGUCGGUGGUGUUUUGCAAUAAUAAUGAUAACAAUAAUAAUAAUAAUAAUAGCAUAAAAACAGACAGCAAUGGCGGAUCUUGAGCACUAAAAGUAUUUAUUGGAGCAACUGAGAAGAAAAAAAAAUGAAGCCACAGAUAUGAAUGAAUUCCAGAAGAUUAGAAUAUGUGAUUUAUUAGCUGCUGUUUAUAAUGAACAGAUUACCAGUUUAGGAAUAACUCACUUCUCAGUCAGCUGCUAGUAAAGCAUUUUAGGUUUCAAAUGACUUUGAAUGAUGACACUUUGGUUUGCUGAAUAGGUAAGCAAGAGGCCGUGCAGUUUUCUGAAGAAAGCUUCAGAAAUGUUACAUUUUCCCGUUACACAUUAUAAUUACUUUUUGUUGUUGUUUUGAUGCUCGAAUUUUUCCACCUCGAACAAAUGUAAAAUGAUUUUCUACAAAUUGCCAGCAUUUCCACCCACUUUGUUUCUAUGUGCAAAUUGAAGAUGCACAUAAAAAUGUGGCAUGUUGCAAUGCAACACGUUCUCACUCCCAAAGUGUAAUAUUUGACGCCAUGUGACAAAUCAUCUACAUAUUGCGCUUCCACCUAACACGUCACUAAAUGACGAGAUCGGAAAAAUGAGGAAACAUGAGAACCGUUUGGAAUCAAUCUACACAUGUUCGUUCAUUUUACUUAAAUCGCUUUGGAAAACACUAUCUAACAUCAUUAAAGUGCUGGUUAGGGUUAGGGAUAAGGUUAGGCUUAGACCUGGAAUACAGGGCUGGAACGUGUAUUACAGCGGGAGCUUCAUUCUACUGCAUUUCACCCAUGACCCGCUGUGUAGCAUAAGAAGGCGGAAGGUUACCUUUCGCGUUCCUCAGGAAUGCCGCGGGACGUGACAAACCGUCGGGAUGUUACACCUCAGGAGUGAGAGUGGGCUGCAUGUUGGCACUAUCACAAUUGUUGAGGUGUUGUUUAUAGAAACUACACUAACUUUUCUACAGAAUAAUAAAAAAUAAACGGCAGCAGCGUGCUGGCCGUAUCAGAAGAAACACCUGAAUGCUUUCCUCAUGAUUAUCUCAGGAAGUUUUAUACGUCAUCCACAUUUAGUGGUUACCAUACGAACGCAUCGUACUGUAUCAAGUAAUGAUGAAAAACACUGUGUCAGAUUAGGCCAUUAGUGUCACGAAUUCUCGUAACAACUUAGUCAAGACACAUGACGGACUGCGCGUUGGUGCCUGAUGAUAGCUUUGCUGCUUUAGACGACCUUUGUGAUGUCAGCAGGAAGCUGGGCCCAACUUCUGGGAACACAGAUAGAAACAAACAGCGGUGGCGUGUGAUACUCACUGCUCCGUGUUUGGAAAAACCUGAAGAAAAAUGUUAAUGAUGUUUACAACUUUACAACUACGAGUGACAAACUCAGGAGUACAUAGCUACCUUGAGUCACUUUAAAUAUUGCUCUAGUGACUGGAUGCCAGUAUAUCUCAGGUGAUCCAUAUAACAUAAGGCUGUUGCAGAGGGCCGGGCUCAAAUCUGACCCCACACCAUUUGCAUGCCUUCUCCCUCCUUUACUGUCCUAUCAUAAACAAACACCCCCCGUAAAUGUUGUUCACUUACUGGACUUGCGUCUUUCAGUGAACAUUAAAAAAAUAUAACUGGUUGAGAAUCAACCCCAGCCAUUGCAACCUUACUGUUUCCGAGUGAUGGCCAGCGUUUUGGGGCGAUAUCCAAGCGUGGCCUGCUCGUUCCGUUUGUCUAUAAGGUCUUUUUUAAAAAAAAUAAAUCUUCCCAUGAGAAGAUUAACGAUUGUUUGGAUGUUGCAUUUUGGCGAUGUCUCUGUACGGUCCUGCACAAAGCCUGCUUAACCGUGAUUGGUUAAUGCUCCUUGGACUUUCUCUUUAAUCUUUCAAGUGAUUUGAAAAUAAUUUAUGAUUAAAAUGAAAAAACGUGACUUAAUCUUUUACCAACCACUAGAAGGUAAAAAAAACAGGCUAUAUUGAUUAUUUUAUUGAUAAAAUGUAAAUGAAAGGCUUGUAAUGUGUAUGGUGGCUGAUUUGUGUCAUGCAGUGUUUAGGGUGUGAUUAUUGAUCAUUUCACCUGCUCAACAUGAAUAAUCACUGUUUUCACAAUUAUUAAA